AUGGUAGAAGUUGAAAAAGAGGCCAAUGUUAAACAAAGAAAUGUGAAGAAAAAUCUUGUGGUUGAUUUAAAUGAAGAGGAUCCAAAGUCUCAAGAAGGGGAUGAAAAGGAACCAAUGAUAAGUGAAGAAAUGGUUGAUGAAGAGGUAGAUCCUAAGGUAGUUGAGAAUGAUGAACCACAAAGUGAUCCAAUGCCUACCAUGAAGGUCCCUUUUCUAUUUCUUCAUAAACUCAAGAAGAAGGAGGACAAUGCCAAAUUCAAGACGAUCCUUGCUAAGCUUAAUAAUCUUUCAGUUAAUAUCCCGUUGCUAGAGGCCAUUCAAGAGAUUCCAAGUUAUCAUAAGCUUAUGAAGAAUUUGAUGUUAAAGAAAUGUCUUGUUGAUGGUGAAACCAUUGAAGUUACCCCUGGGUGUAGGACUAUCAUGACUAGUGUUAUAAUGGAAAAGAAAGAGGAUCUCGGGGCGUUUAUAAUCCCUUGCACCGUAGGGACAUACAAGUUUGAAAAAGAUUUGUGUGAACUUGGUGCAAGCAUCAAUCUCAUGCCUUAUUCAUCUAUAGAAGACUUGGUUUGGGCACUCCUACAAUAA